CCUCAACGACCCAACGACCCAGCAUGCAGUUCUCCCUCCUCCCGCUCCUUUCCCUUCUCGUCUUAUUCAGCUCUGUCCUGGCCCAACCUGGCGAGCCGGGGCAGGUGGACGAACUCAAAAUUGAUGUGAUUUUCAAGCCUGAGGAAUGCCCGAUCCAGAGCAGGAAUGGGGAUGCAAUGAGUAUGCACUAUACCGGCACGUUAGCCAGCAACGGGAACAAGUUCGACAGUUCGCGCGAUCGGAACUCUCCCUUCCAAUUUACACUGGGGCAAGGCCGAGUGAUCAAAGGUUGGGAAGAAGGGCUCAAAGACAUGUGCAUAACCGAGCGUCGCAGGCUGACGAUCCCCGCUAAUAUGGCUUAUGGUUCGAGGGGCGCUGGGGCGAAGAUUCCGGGAGGGGCAACGCUGGUGUUUGAUGUGGAGCUGUUGGGGAUCAAGAACCGCGCUCCGGAGAAGGACGAGCUGUAAGGAUUUCGGCUCAACUCGGUGGGGACAGUGGUAUGCAUAUGCGUGCAAAAUGGUUGCGAGUGACAGAUGAUAGAUUAUUGAAAAUGUAUCUAAGGCCUGGGACCGCUUGGAUCGUGUCAUAUCUGGAAAGCGGUCAGCUUGUGUGAGAAGGAGAGGAUAGAGGUGAACACCCGUGUUUGAAUCCUUCUGCUGUAAUGCAGGUCAUGUAAUAGGGAACAAGGACUCAUCAUGUUGAAUGAAAAGGAGAUGCACUCAC